UCGCGAGAUUGUCGCUUGUUGUCCACUGUGUGUCUGUCCUCCGCCGAAAGGAAAACAAUUAUUCGCAUCUCUGUGGGAAAAAUUGAUUGCUGAGUUGUGACUGGCAAGGAAAAAGCAGGAGCCACUUCUCGGUGGUUGCCUAAGCCCUGACAUCCAAGUGCAAAGACAGUGAACGAUGGUCGACUAUUACAAAGUACUGGAGGUGCAGCGGACCGCCUCGAGCGGAGACAUCAAAAAGGCAUACAGGAAAUUGGCACUGAAAUGGCACCCGGACAAGAACCCCGAAAAUCUAGACGAAGCAAACAAAAGAUUCAAAGAGAUCUCUGAAGCGUAUGAAGUUCUAAUAGACGAUGCGAAGAGACGAACCUACGACCAACGAUUGUAUCAGAAGGCGUCCUCGAGGCCCGGCCGUGGAUUCACCUACCGGAGUUACUUUGACUCUCCUUUCCAGCGAUAUUUCGAGAAGAAAAGGCGAGUCUACGAUCAGUAUGGAAAGGAGGGACUUCAAAUGUCUGGCGGCAAACGGCGACACGAGGAUGACAUUGGUACAUACUUCACCGGUACCUUCGUCUUCAGAGAUCCUGAGGAAGUAUUCAGGGAAUUCUUUGGCGAUACUUCUUUCGAGAACUUGUUCUCUAGCCUCACUGGAACUGGUGUAGGUCGACCGUUCAAUAGGUAUAGUCGUCCGAGCAGUAACAGCAUAAGCACGUCCUCCCAUUUGAACAACUUGUUUGAAGGUUUAUCAGGAAACUUCACCUCGUUCAACACGUUCACGACCAUCGAUGGUAAUAAUGGUGGUGGAUCGGUGAAGAGAACAAGUACCUCGACUCGAUUUAUCAACGGCAAAAAGAUCACCACCAAAAAAGUGUUUGAGAAUGGCAAGGAAACGAUAAUGUCGUACGAGAACGAUGUGCUGAAGUCGAAGACGGUGAACGGCGUGCCACAAUCAAUAACGUUUGACGAGUCAUCGACGAGUCGCCAGCUGACAGACAGCGAUAUCGCGAUGGCUGGCCAGAACUUGAGAACAGUCCAUGGUGACCAUCAGAAGGCUAGCAGAAUAAAGACGCACCAUCAUCCACCUCUCACUAAGAAGCACGAUAAGAGUAAGAGAAAAUAGAGGCAACUCUUGCAGCUUUCUCUCAUUCAUUUCUUUUACGUUCUCUUUAUUCUUUGGUCUCUUCGUUAUUUUGGAUCAGACACACGCAUACAUACAUACAUACAUGUACCAUUAACGAACCAGAUGUAAAUUUUGUCUUUUCUCCCCGAUACGUUGUUCUUUUGCUAUUCGAAUUCGAUCGGGAUCAAAGUUGACGGGUUAGCUUUCACUGACUACGUCUGUUUGAUUUCAAACUAGAAAUAAAUUUUUUGCAAAGUAGUCUGUUGUAAGAUUUUGCAUCAAAUAUGGCAUAAUAUACCGUACUUUUAUUUUUAACUCACGAUCGAAAGAGAAAACAAGGCUCAUCUUUCUGCGGAUAAUAGAGAAAGUUUAAUUUUUACACGUUCUCUUGCGUUUUAUAGAUAGCGCGUCAUUUUAAGUUUGAAAAUCUGGCGUGUUACGUUUAAUAAUUAUACGGUAAGUUUCGCUUAUCUUUAGUUUCUUAGCGGAUUAUAAUUCAUGAUAUCUUGUAAGUUAUAAUUAAUUAGGUUUUUACUCGUAUGUAAGUCGCGAGAACUUGAAAAGAAAAAAAAAAGAAAUGCUACGACUGAUUUUAACGAAUUUAACGUGCGAUUCACUCUAAUUAAAUAUAUAUUAUAAACCUCGUGCGGAUAAGACACACGUGGAUGUGUUUCACGCAUUGCUAUACAUAAUUCAUGAUAUAAAUUUAUUUAGGGACAUGUUUAACAUACAGCCAUAACCAUUAACCUCAAAGGAUAAAAUUGUAUUACGACCACGUUUAACUGUUCUUUAUUAUUUAUGAUUAUGGAUCUUUCUUUUUUUUUCCCUUUCAAAAUAUUCGCGUUGAAAAAUAAUAUGUUCCUCUUGGUCCGAACUGUAAAAGGGAUUAGAUUUUUCUGUUGCAGGAAUGUCAUCCCCUAAAACAAUUUUAAGUGUCGUAAUCCUAUUUGUUUCUCUUAGUUUGUUUCUUGCGUACGUGUAUAUAAUGAUAAGGAAGAAAUGUCAAACUUACGUGGAGAAAUACAUUAAUUAAUAUACUAUGAUA